AUGCUUCAAUGUGAAAGUCCGGAGGAAUUCGAGGUGAUUUUCACGAAAAUCGUUGGAUCAAAGAGUGGAAAAAUCACGAAAAGAAAAUUCUUUGAUUUGGUGGCUUGUGCCGGGAAAACGCCCGUUCAAUGGGAAGAGAUGUGGCCACGGAAAGAGGAUACCCUUGGUAUGGAUGAAGCAAUGGAAUUAUUCGAGUGUCUUCCCGAAUUGGAACCAUUCGAAGAAGGCCCACCAUUAUCUCAAAUCCAAGUACCGACAGCACUCAUCACACAGAAAGUUCACAUGGCCACUGACAUGCGUCCAAACGAAAAAGACGAGCUCUUGGAUGUUUUGUAUGAGUAUGAUAAAGAUGGAUUAUUCGAUUUUGACAAAAUUUCAUUACGUGGUUUUGUGCUAAUCUCACGCGAGAUUCGCUUCACCGCUUUUCGCUUUCGACUCGUCGAUCCACAACGAGUCGGCAUCAUUGUCGAAAUUGUCAGAAACACUGACAUGGAGGAGAAAUCUUUUGUGAACGAUAUUUUCGGCGUUCUCUCCGAUGCGAAUUCCGAUGAGCCCAUAGGGAUCACAGCUUUUAGAAAUGAAAAAGGAAGUUACACCACCGAGCCGCUUGCGUUGAAAGCCGGUGAUUAUUCGAUAGUCGUCAUGUGUGCCGGAGUCACUUUUCAGUCGGCGAAACAAACCGGUGAUGGUGGCGAACAGUUGAUCGAUGAGAAUAAAAAGCUUACAAAAAGAUUCAAAAUGACUUUAAUGAACACCUUCGAGAUGUUCGAUUGGAAUAUGGAUGGGUUGUUGGACCGAAAAGAAUUCGAUGCGUUUAAUGCGGCGACGGGCGAUGAACCGAUGAGUGAUGAAGAUUGGCAAGUACUCACCAAGCAUUUCUCACUUCGUGACGGUUGUGUGCCGAUGAGCGCUUUCUUGCAAAUGCAUCAAAUAGAAGCCGAUAGUUGUGAAGAAGGAAACGGGGAUUUUGCUGAUAUGUGGACUUCGCUUCAUCUCAUUGGAUAUGACGAUAAUCUUCAACUGAAAAAAGCAUGCCCAUACAAAUUGAGUAUUGACUCUGAACUACCGAUAAACGUUGUAGAGGAUUUUCGCAGCUGCUCAAAAGAGGAGCGAACAGUCUUGACUGCAUAUCUCUUUGAUAUUGCCGAUCCAAUUGAAGCGGCUCCAUUAAGCGUUAAAAUUUACAAAGCUCAAUACUUUGGAAUAUUGAUAGCUGAUGUUUCGACAAGUAAUGCGGAUGAAGCCUUCCAAAUCAAAAUUGUCCCUUCAAAGGGAGUUCAAAUGCGGUCAGCGGUUGACCUCAAUGAUUUUCGAAUCGGAUCUUACAGCAAUCAUGUGAGCCUUGCCUUUUUCGUCAGCACAAAUCUUCAAUGGAAUAUCGAUGUUGAAUUUGAUCGUGUUAUGCAC